GUUCCUCCUACCGGAAACGUAGCAGAUGUUGUCGACAGAUUUUCAAAUUACAUGGAGACUGCCAUUAAAGUUCCAUGGAGAUCGGCAUCAACCAAGAAGUCGGGGACAAAAAGUCCUCAUCAACAAAUCACAAAAGAUGCAAGGUGUAGAUUUAGUGCUGACCAUUCAAGAAGGAUUCACUGCCAACUGGGCAGCAAAAGCCGGAGUCCCUCCAGGGAAGAAGUCUCUUUUUGCCACCCAGGCUCCUACAGAUUUGUUUAAUGUCAAAUUAGACGGCAAAUGGGAACGGUCCUGUUGGAGAAUCCUGCGGGAUUUCCACUUUUCAGCUCUGCAGAGGAAAUGCAGCGGAAAAUCGGAGCCAUAUACUCGACAUCGAAGAAGUUGUCUUCCGAUGAAAAGAAAAUGCAGCCAGUGAAAUUUGAAAGCCUGGACAAGGGAAACACUAACAAGGGAAAGUCUAUUUACUCUGAUUCACCUGAAACAAUUGUUGGUGGCUUAAAGAAUAGCGUGACAUUAUUUUGUCACAAUUGUUGUGUACUUGGGCAUAUCUGAGGCUGAGGCAAUCAGUAAACAAUAAAGUGUUUGAUGGUCUCCUAAUUUGCAUGCAAUGUUUGCAGGAGUUAUUUUGAACUAAUUGAGUUGAUUGUAGGGCUUAGAAAGUGCGCCCUUCAUUUGUUUUUUUAGUGUGCUUUUCAUUUAGAGACGGCGCUUGCUUUCAAAUCCCCUAAAGAGCGAUCUGACACGCCGCGGCGUCAGUUCUACUCGAUACACUACACAGAGCGCAUCUUGAAACAAAUUUUAUCCUCGUGCCAGUGUGUUGGCUGUUACGGAACUUUACCGAUUUCCAAGCAAGUUGACUAGUAGACUACCUUAUAUUCUCCGUCUGACUGGAUUAUAGCCGGCAGUAACUAACAUUCCAGCGUAGUCUACAUUCUUGUUGUUCAUAUGCUACACGGAUGGGUGCGUGAUGGUGAAUAAAUUGUAAGAUCUUUUGAAAUUGGAGCUCCGCCGCCGUGCUUCCUAACACAUUAUUCCUAAUUAACGAUAUCUAUCACCGGCUACAGCGUGGAGUUUGAUCCCAUAGCGAUCCAGUACACGGUUUUGGAGAUUCUCAACGUUUUCUAGAAUUGGAAUAUGAAGAGAUGUUAUUCGCUGUUUCUUGGACUGACGAUUUCCAGUUUAUUCACAAUUAUUCUUGUGGCGAGAAGAGAGGCUCAACAGUUUAACGGAAAGCUCAUUCGUGACGAGGACGAUGUGAAGUAUUGUGAAUGGAAGAUGAUGCACAACCCUGCCAUGCAGUCGUCAAAUCACGAUCGAUGGAAUGUCUCAUUGCUGCUAAGCCUGGGCUUAUUGGCUCCAAAGACCUCAUAUGGCCUUAAUGGCUCUUCGUUCACCGUCUACCCUCAUAAGAAGCAAAGCUGUCGGGAAUACGAGGACCAAACGAUUUCCCAACUUGUUUUGAGGAGAAUUCUGAAAGAGCUUUCGUCCGAUGCAAAUUCUUUCUGUUUGGCGUUGCGUAACGUGACUGGUCGGAUGGAAUCCUGCUACGAUCUUGAUAACCAUUUGGACGAAUUUCUCACAAAUGAUUUUAGCUUGAACAAAUCGUGGCGAUGUUUUCAUCCACCGGAAACCACCAGUCGGACAAUGACGACACUGCAAAUUUACCAAGCACUUCGGAUAAAACGGUUUUCGGGGAAACAAACUAUGAUUGUACCCAUGUCAGACGACAAUGCAAUCCGGUUUAAAAAUGCAACUUUCAUCAUUCGUUUCUUUUUUUUAAUUGAAUCGAUUAAUCCCGUGAAAGUUUACGUCUUCCAGAAUGGAAUGCUCUUGCUUGACGAGGAGAACUGGCUGCACUCUUUCGAAGAAUUUGGGCGCUCUUUCUUCGAUAAGUCAGUUUACGAUUCUGCCGUUAGGUGGAUUCGACUAUUAGUGGCGCACGUGGAAAAAUUGUUCCCGGUCGUCGAUGAAUUCAAACGUGUUAUCAGUCGUGACAAAGUUUCACAGAUUUUGGCAGCAGACUUCAUGCCCAAAUCGUCUGGCUUGGAACUGUUUCGAAUGCACGACAGCGUGCAACGAUUACGUUCAAAAUCCACUCCACAUUCUCUUCAACUACUUCUGCAUAAAACCAUAAGCACUGCUGUUAAUUAUCUCUCGUUUCGGCAUUCACAUUCUACUGUAAAUGAGAUUGGCCCAGUCCUGAAUGAAGACCUUUAUGGCCCAGAAGAAAUAUUCGGUCUAAUAACAAAUCUCAUCAUCACUCCAUCCACAAAACUUGAGCCUGCCUUUCAACCCAGAUGGACUCAUUACACUGCAACUGUGCCUUAUGAAACAACUUUGUUGAAUCUCAAAGUGGUGCUAAACGGUCUGGCAGCAUAUGCUUUAUUUGAAAGCGAAAGAUCCAACCAUUUUGAGAUCAGCAUUGGGCUUGACUGGAAUGACUUUAAAAUCGAAAUAGGAAACAAGGAUCCACAAAUCAGACCCAUUAUCUACAUUCUCACGAUAAGACGCCUAGCCAGAGAAGAUAAUCCACUUCCAUUUCAUGCCAAUCAUCAAACUGUUUGCAUCCUGGAACAAGAAUGCAGUCUCAGGUUUAAGGAGAAGCCGGAAUGCGGAUUACAAGCAUCACCCUUCGGCAAUUGGAGCUCGGCUUUGACCGAUUGGAACCGGCUGCCGACUUGCCCUUUUGGCAACUCUGAAGAAGGCGCCUGGAUGAUUCCGUGCUCUUCCUGCCUCCUGGAACGAUCCUGUUACUGGAGCCGAGCUCGUUGGCAGCCGUUUGUAUGCCGCCAUCCUCAUUACAGCCCGUCCGAGCUCCAGCAGUGUCUACUACACCGCAAGUUGAUAUUUGUCGGAGACUCAACUAACCGUGGCAUGAUGGAAUCGCUGCUGGAACGGCUAGACGGUUGGCUAACGACGUCUGACAGGACAAAGUGGCACGGUUAUCGCCACCGUCUUGCCAACAUUGGCGGUCAGACACAAUUCGACUUUGACUAUUAUCCCAAAUUCUGGAUGUCGUCGAGAACUUCGCUCCAGCAGACGCUCACCCACAUGCUCCGCAGGGCGGAAGCCAAUGAAAGUGACACGACGCUGGUAGUUGGCGGAUUGGAUUGGAUGUCUGUCGAGCACCUGGACACGAUCCGUCAGGUUCUAGACACGGAAGGAUUGUCGGGCAUGGCGGUGGUGAUCAAAAUGGCGGGCGCCGGAUUGUUUCAUUCAGACGUGACAUGGGCGCUGAGCCGUCGCGAAAAAGAGCUCGUCUCGACCGCCCGCCGACUGGCCCGCUUAUCGCAGACGGCCCGUCUCCACUACGGCUUCCGCACUGUCGACACGUGGAACAUGACGGCCGCCCGUUUCCGCGAUUUCCUACCGGGACAUUGUCGCUGCCAUUUCCAUCAGAUCACGGAAGCGGACGGCGGCCCUUGGGCUGACGAUGCGGAUGCGCUCGACCUCGCCCAGCAGCCAAGUAGCCAGCAGCCGCCUCGAUUCAGGAUCGAGGGCCCCAUCAAUCAAGUCUACACGGAGAUCCUGGCCGAUCAAAUCUGUCGCGGCCGAUGAAACUGUAGGAGGGAGAUUAUCACAGUCGAAAUUGGAUAUCGUCUAAUUGGAAUUGAAUUGCCAAUCGCUUUUGAUUGCUGCUGCUAUCAUGCUACCCGUCGGAUAUUUACAUCGAGUGCCGUGAUCCUUCCAGACUUCCCAGUGUCCAGGAAAACAAAGUUGUUGUCUCCCGCCUAAAACCCCAAAAACUUUGAUUUUUCCCUCUCAAACUUUUGAAACUUUGAAAAACAUAAAAAGAAGAAGAAGAAAGUGCCUUGUGUGUUGAGUUUUGUGCACCGAGUUGGAUCGCUUCCAAGAAAA